AUGAAGGACAUGCAGGUAAACACUGCCAAGGAGAAAUGAGACAUCCUUAACCUGUUGUAGGAUGUACAAAUUAUUUCAUUCAACCCAUUAUUUGAACCAGAUAGGUAAAUGGAAAACCGAUUCUUAUUUGCAAUGACGACCUUUGACAGUUCUGUUGGCUGAAACGUAAUGGUGUAAUCAGAUUGUUGACCCUGCCUUCCCCAGCCUUUUAGUUUUCUAUUUGGCAUUUGACAUAGAUUUUUCCACUGACUGUUCAGAUAGCACAUACUGAUGGGUUGGGCUGGGUACAAAUGACCUCGCUUUAGAAAUGAGCGAUUGGUCAUUUAGAGGAAGUGUGUGUGUGUGUGUGUGUGUGUGCAAUGAGCGUUGGUGUGUACGUGCAAGUGCAAUGUGAGGUCUAUCUGUCAUUAUGUCUAUCUUGUGUUUUAAUGCAUGGCCUCUGAUUCUCUCCCCAGACUAAGUUGACUCGAUGAAGAAGUCUAUGGACUCUAUGGAGAUGGAGGUGAUGGAGGCCAGACUCCUCAGAGCCUCAGAGCUCAACGGAGAGAUGGACGACGACGACACAGGUCAGCGGCACACACACACACCACACCUUUGUUUUACUAUCUGUGGGGACCAAAAAUUUAUUCCAUUCAAAAUCCUAUUUUCCCUAACCCUAAACAUAACCCUUAUCCUAACCCUAACCUUAACCCCCAAACGCCCUACAAAAACUAAACCUGACCCUAACUCCUAAACCUAACCUCUAACCCAACCUUAAUUCUAACCUAAUUGUAACCCUAAACCUAACCCCUCAGCCUAAAAUACUAUUUUUCCUUGUGGGGACGACAAAAUGUCCCCACUUGUCCAAAUUGUCCUUGUUGUACUAUCCUUGUGAGGACUUCUGGGUCCCCACAAGGAUAGUAAAACCAAAACCACACACACACUGUUGCCAUAGUGACAACUGUAGCACCAUGAAACAACCAGCACACAAAUGUACACCCCAAGAUCAGGAUCGAAGAAGUAGGCUGUUUCUGGUUGAGUCCUUUCAGUGUUUGGUUGGAUCAAGCGACACCCGUAGACUGCAGUGCUGCCAUGAAAUCAAUGAGGAGACAAAAGGUUUGUAAGACAUGGCGUAGAAAAUGGAUUAUAAAAGACAGCAGGCGUCCUCAAAUUAUAUUUGAUCGCCAUGCCGAACAGACUUCCAUCUAGAAUGCGAAUGCAGUCUUUGUUGGCUAUUCUGAAUGUAGAAUAGAUUUUUUCUCAGUGUUUUUUUUUAAAAUUUUUUAAAAAACCCCCACAUUUUUUAGGGGGAAUAGAAAACCCUUUUUAAGAGGAAAUCCCAAACCAAAAGAUGAAAAACCCCUGCUCGUCGAACAUCUCUUCCCAAAAAUAAAGGGACUUUAAUAUGGAUUUGGGGUCCCCCCUUUGUUGUUUAAAAACCCCCUUUUCCCUCUUCGGGGUUGAGCCUCCACCUUUUUUCCACUAGAGUUGGAACCUUGCGCGGGGGGGUUUUUUCCAUUCAGCCAAGACCCCCAUUAGUGGGGAAAACGGGCCCAUUAGGCCUGGCUUGCGGGUCGGUUUUCCCAAUUUUUUCCCCAAAGGGGGUUAAAAGGGGGGGGUUUGGGGUAAAGGGGCUUGUCCCGGCCAGUGAAGUUUUUCCAAAAAACCAAAAUUUCUCGAAAAACCCUUUUAAAGGUAGGGCCCCCUUUUUUUUGUGCAGGGGGGUUUUUUGUCAUGCUAAAAACGGGAAAAAGGGCCCCCUUCCCCCAAAACUGUUGCCCCCAAAACCCUUUUUGGAAGCACGGGAACGUUUUAAAAAUUUUCUUGUUGCUGUAGUUUUUAAGAUUUCCCCUUCACGGGACAAAGGGGGCCAAAGCCCGAACCAUGAAAAACCCACCCCAAACCAUUAUUCCCCUCCCCCAAAAAUUUUAACAGGGGCAAGGCAUUGGGGCCCAAGGUAGCUUUUUUUCCCGGGCCCACCCCCAAACCCCGAUUCUCUUUUCUGUUUCCCAAAAAUGGUAAAAGGGGUUUUCUCACUCCAGAAAAACCCGCUUUUCCCCCUUUGCUCCCAGAGAAAAUGGCGGCGUGUUUUAAAACAAACCCCCCCCCAAGCCGAAUUUGGGGCUUUGCGCAUGGUGUUCUUGGGCUUGUGUGCGGCUGCUCGGCCUUUAAAAAAAACCCAUUUAAUAAGCUCCCCGCCAAACUUUUAUUGUUUGACUUUAAAUUCCCCAGAGGCAGUUUGGAACUUUGUAGGGGAGUUUUGAAAACCGGGGGACAGCCCAAUUUUUUUUACCCCACAAAACGCGCUUCAGCCUCGGCAGCCCUGUUUUGGCCCCUAUGUGGCCUCCCAAUUGGGCCGCUGAGCCGAAUGUGCUACUAGACUUUUUCCACUUAAAAACACCCAUUUAAAUUUCCCUGGGGAAAGUUCCCCGCAGGGCAGAAAUUUUCCGAAAGGGACUUUUUGGGAAAAGGGGGCCCAUCCUAUGCCCGUGCCAAAAUGAAAGUCCUGGCUUUUCAUACGGGCCCAAAUUCUACUGAAAAUUUUCACAUACCAACAUUUACUUUUUGUCAUUUAGAAAAAACUCUUAUCAAUGAUUUAAAAGGAAAAUUGGGGUUUAAAGUGAGUCGACCUAUCUUUGAGUAAUGGGGGUUUUCCUGUCAUUUUUGAUCUCAAAGGAGGGAAAGGAGCACCAUUUAAGGGGAAUCUUUAAACCCGGCCUAACGACAGACUAACAUGAUUUCAAAAAACUCACACCAGGGUGGGUCAAAUUUUCCCCCCAAAAAUAGAUCAAAAUUGAAUGUAAAAUCCCAAAAAAAUGACAUGUGGCUAAAAUAGUUCUAAAAGGGUCGGUUUUUGGAGUCCCCCAUAAAAAUUAAAGGGGAAAAAAAACCACACUAAAAAGGGGUUGUCCCCCAACUUUGAGGGUAAUGCCCUUAAAAAAAUUAAAAAAUUGGGCUCGUAGUGUGGGGGGGUGGCCCCCCACGUGCUGUAUAACCUUCCCUACAACGCCUGGGCUGCUCCUGAUGAGGUGGGGGAAAGGGUCCCCUGGGGGAUCCCCCCCCGACCGGGACAAAAGCAUCCCCCAAAUCCUGGACAUUUUGUGGUGUAAAAUUUUUGGGCGUUGGGGAUGGAGCGAGAAAUAAAUUCCCAAAUGGGGCUAAAUUUGGGAUUCGGGUCGGGGGGGAACGGGGGCCAUUUCCAUAGAAAAAGGGCCUUUCCCCUUUUGGGCGGAACUGGGGCCACACUCCGCCAAAAUUGAGGUCUGCUUGUCUUGCUUAGGGGGGAAAACCCGGGGCCCCAAAACCGCACCAGCUUAUGGUCUCACAAGGGGUCUGAAUCUAAAUCUGGGUACCUAAUGGAAAGCGGCUACCUCUGGCGAGCACAUGGGGGGUUUGUGGGGCCCCCCCCCAAAAAAAAUUCCAACCCCAAAACCCCAAAUAACUCCCCCCCCCGCCAAACCCCGGGUUUCAUUGGGGAAAUUUUUGGAAAGGCACCCAGAACGUUCCCCCCACGGCGUCCCAAAACUCGUCAGUCUGUUCACCAUGUGUUUUCGGGGUUUUAAACCUGCUUUCAUUUUUGUGAAGAGCACAGGGCGCCAUUUCGAAUUUCCCAAAUUUUGGGUUUUCUCUGGAAAAUCCCAAAACGCCCUGAAAUGGUUUUUGGGCCUGUAAGCCCCAACCCCCACCUGGGGAAAUUUGAGCCCUCAACCCCCUCAUGGAGUCUUUUUUUCGGGAACCGUUUGAGAAGCACAUGCAAAAUUUUGGGGCCCGGGUGGAGGUCUUUUUUGGCAGGGCUCGGGAAAGUGUCCCCCUGCUCCCCUUGCCCCAAAGGCGGGGGGUAGCGGUCCUGCGGCGGGGUUUUGGUUGCCCCCAAAGGCCCCUCCACUCUCCUAAAUUUUACGGGCCUGUCCCCUUGGUAGCGCCCCCCAGCUCUGGACACUACGCUGAAGCCCAACCGAAAACCUUUUCCCAAACAGCUGCAAAAAUUUUCCCCCACCCCCUUGAUGAGCUGAAACUACCUUAACCACGUGGGGGUUUUAAACCCCCCGGGUUCAAUGCUACCACAAAGGGGGGAAAGCCCCCGCCAGAAAUUAAAAAGUGACCAAAAAAAUCAGCCCCGGAAGCAUGGGAAAAACUGAAAAUGGUCUGUGGUCACCCCCUGCAGAACCAUUUCUUUAUGAGGGUGUCUUGCAAUUUCCCUAAAAAUUUCCCCCCUGUUUUUUAAUUCCAUUUGAAACAACAGCAUUAAAAUUUUAUGUCAAUCAUGUUCCCUUCCCUUUAAUUUGGACAGUUUGAUUUCACAAAGGUGUUUUGAUUGGGUUAAAAUUUUGUUUUUUAAAGUGUUCCCUUUUUUUUUUUUGAGCAUGUAUGGGGUUUAAAGGGUACAGGCCAAAAAACAGUACUGUCCCGACUUUUAAUAGGGUUUCCCAAAUACGCUUAAUACAUUCCCUUUCCCCUUUGACUAAUAAAACCCCCCCCAAAGGGUAAACAGAUUUUCCUUUCAAACUGGCUAUUUAAUUUCAAUUUAGUUAUUUGAAGAAAAUUUUGAAGGGAGGAGGCUGUGGGGGGGAGGGCUCAUAAUUAAUGGAUGGAACGGAGUCAAUGGAAAAACCCUGUGUUUGAUGUAUUUGAUACCAACUGCUCCCCCUUAACCCCCGAGCCCAUUUCCCCCCCAAUUAAGGGGCCACCCCCCCAAAACCCCCUGUUAUUGAAUGAAUGGUGUGGGUUUUUGUGUUCUGGGCCCCAACCUGUUGGGUAAUGUUUCGUAUUUAUGUUUGUCUUUUAGGGGGGGGGGUGGGGGAAAUUAAGUAUGAGAGGGCCAUCCGAGGAUAGGGGUUUAAACCCAAAAGAGGCUUCAGCAGGAGUUUGAUGGACAAGCCCGGGAGGGGAGCAACAAAAACAAAAGGCAAACUGGAGAGGGGGGGUUUAAAGGGAGCGUGGACACACCCAAAUUUCUAAUCACCUUUCCCUGCUUUAAAAAAAAACUUGCACGUUGGGAUUUUUCCCCUCCUCAUCUAGCUACACAAAACCCCACUUCUAACUCAACCCUCGCCCUGCUUACACACACUUUCACGUUGGGAUUUACAAAACCCCCCUCCCUCUAGCUACACACAUGUCAGGGUUUUAAGGGAGAGGUUUUUGGGGAAUCCCGGGACACAAAAGAGAUUCGAAACAGAUGUUUUAGUGAAAUCCGAAAAUUUCCAAACCCAAAAACGGCAAAAAAGGCAAAAGCAAAAAAAAAAACGCACCUUGGGAAGAACCAAGUAAAUGGGGCCCCAAUUUCCCGGACUCUCCAAACCAAAAGAAAACAGAGAGCCCCAGAACAGCGAAACCCAAAUACUACCCCGUGACAUCGAACAAUUACACACAAAACCUGACCAAACACAAGAGAAAAUUAAAAAGGACGCAUAAUGAAAACUUAACAAGGAAAAAGGUUUUAACAAAAAAGACAAAAAAAUCAAACCUAAAAAACUAGAACGGUGGCAGCAGUACUUCCGGGGCGGGCGCCCCCCGAAGUGCCCGGGAAAAAGGGGAAGGAGCAAACCUCGGCCCAAACCGUGAAAGUAAAACCCCCCCCCUUUACGCGCCGGGUCCCGCCCGGGGCCCCAACCCCCGGCCCGGGGACGAAACCCGGAGGACGCGGAAAGGGGCGCGUGGUGACCCGGUGGAACCCGGGCAGAAAAAGGGCGGGUCAGGGUGGCCCUCUCGGCACCCAGCAACCCCCCUUUUCCCCCCGGGGCCGUACCCCCCCCCAGGUGUUGGGGCCCCCUUUUUCCUUGUUGGUGGGGAACUUUAACCCCCCCUUGUUUCCAAAAGGGGGGGGGGUCUUUUUCCGGGGUCCCGGAAUCCAGUAACCCCGGCCUUUUGGGGGGGGUUUGGGGGGGGGGUUUUUUUGUUUUUUUGGGGUUUUUCCUGUUAACCCCCUCGUUCCCAACUCCCAGGACCCUUUAAAACCCACAAAAAAAAGGGCCGAUUAAAGGCCCGGGGGAAGGGGGGGGCGGGGGUUGGGGGAGAGAGAAAUUUCCAGGGGGGUUUAAAGGGGGUUUAAAAGGCCGGGGGGGGUGGGAUUUUGGGGAAAAAAACCGGGGGGGGGCUGUCAAGUCGCCCCGGGGGGGGGGGGCGUUUGGGGGGGGUGGGGUUCCAAGGGCCCCGGGGCAAAACCCCUUCAACCCGGGAGGGGGGGUGGGGGGCCUUUUGGUUGGGCCCUCAUUCCCCAAGGGGCCGAAAACCUGCCCCCACCGGGGGAAAGGGGUUUUGUGGGGGAGGUGCGGAGAGGGGUUCCCUACAAAACUCCCCAGGGAACCCCCCCCCCCACCCCCCGCAGGGCCCCUGGCUAUGCCUCCCGAAAACCCCAAAACCCACUAAAGGGGUUGACAGUUUCGGGCCUGCCAUUCUCCCCGGGGGUUUUCCGAGGGUAAAGCCCCAGAAACCCCCCCCAAAAAAAGGGUUUAAAAAAGCCUCCAACUUGGGGGGUUUAAACCCGGGGGCCCCCACCAAACCCCCCCCUUAUAAAUCUCCGGGGCCCGGGGAAACGGGGAAAAUGGGGGUUUAAAUAAAACCUCCCGGGCCCCUUCCCCGGGGAAAAAAAGGAAAAAACCCGGGCAUGGGGAUGGGAAGGAGACGAACAGGCCUUUGAGAACCCAUCCAAACGACCGGAUGGUGGUUUAAACCCCCGUGAGGAGGGAAGGUCUGUAACAAAAUCCACCGAGAGGUGAGACCAGGGUCGUUGUGGAAACGGGCAGGGGUUGUAACUUACCCCUGGGCAAGUGUCUGGGUGCCUUACACUGGGCACACACCGAGCAGGAGGAGACAUAAAAUCCUCACAAUCCCUGGCUAACGUUGGCCACCAGUACUUUGUGCUAAGGCAGUGCACUGUCCGGCCAAUACCUGGAUGCCCAGAGGAGGGUGACGUGUGAGCCCAAUAAAUGAGCCGAUCCCGGACCUCGAGCGGGACGUACGUCCGACCCACCGGACACUGUGGAGGGCUAGGGUCGGUGCGUAAUGCCCGCUCGAUCUCCGUAUCGACCUCCCAUACCACCGGUGCCACCAGACAAGACUUAGGUAGUAUGGGAGUGGGCUCAACGGAACCUCUCCUCCGUGUCAUACCGCCGAGACAGGGCAUCUGCCUUCCCGUUCUGGGACCCAGGAUGUAAGUGAUCUUAAACACGAACCGGGCUAGAAACAUAGUCCCCGAGCCUGGCGAGGAUUCAGUCUCCUAGCUGCCCCGAAUGUAUUCCAGGUUACGGUGGUCAGUCAGAAUGAGAAAAGGGUGGUUGAGCCCCCUCAAGCCAAUGCCUCCACACCUUUAGGGCUUGUACCACGGCUAACAGCUCCCUGUCCCCUACGUCAUAAUUAACGCUCCGCCGGACUGAGCUUUUUCGAAUAAAAUGCACAGGGGCGGAGUUGGUGGGUGUGCCGGACCGUUGUGAGAGAACAGCCCCGAUACCGGCUUCAGACGCGUCCACCUCCACUUGGAAUGGUAAAGCGGGAUCCGGGUGCGCCAGCACUUGAGCCGAGGUAAACAGGUCCUUCAGUCUCCCAAAAGCCCUGUCCGCCUCAGCUGACCACCGCAAGCGCACCGGACCCCCCUUCAGAAGGGACGUUAUGGGAGCUGCCACCUGUCCAAAAACCCCGGAUAAACCUCCGGUAGUAAUUCGCAAAAACCCAAGAACUGCUGCACCUCUUUAAACCGUGGUUGGGGUUUGCCAAUUACGCACUGCUGACACAACGGUCAACCCUCCAUCCUCACCCCUGACGCAGACAACUGAUAACCCCAAAAAGGAGACCGACUCCUGGAAGAACAGACAUUUCUCGGCUUUGACAUACAGGUCAUGCUCCAACAACCUCCUCAAUACUCGGCGCACCAGGGCUACAUGUUCGGCCCGGGGUAGAACUGUACACCAGAAUAUCGUCUAUGUACACGACUACUCCCUGCCCCUGCAUGUCCCGGAAAAUCUCAUCUACAAAGGAUUGGAAGACUGAUGGAGCAUUCAUUAACCCGUAUGGCAUGACGAGAUACUCGUAAUGACCGGAGGUAGUACUAAAUGCUGUCUUCCAUUCAUCGCCCUCUCUAAUGCGCACCAAGUUAUAUGCGCUCCUGAGGUCCAAUUUUGUGAAGAACCGUGCCCCGUGUAAUGACUCAGUCAUAGUCGCAAUCAGCAGGAGUGGAUAACUAUAUUUCACAGUAAUCUGAUUGAGACCGCGGUAAUCAAUACACGGGCGCAAACCUCCAUCCUUUUUCUUCACAAAAAAGAAGCUCGAGGACGCGGGUGAAGUGGAGGGCCGUAUGUAUCCCUGUCUCAGAGACUCGGCAUGUAUGUCUCCAUUGCCCUCUUCUCCUCCUGUGACAAAGGAUACACAUGGCUCCGCGGGAGCGCAGCUCCUGCCUGGAGGUCUAUCGCACAAUCCCCCUGUCUAUGAGGUGGCAACCGCGCCGCUCUCGUCUUGCUAAACACGAGUGCCAAAUCCUCAUACUCGGGGGGAAUGUGCAAUGCGGGCAUUUGGUUCGGACUCUCCACCGAGGUCGCCCCUACGGAAACACCCAGACAUAGCCCCUCACACUGAGCAGACCACCCCUUAAGAGCCCUCUCUCGCCACGAAAUAGUAGGAUCAUGGGUAAUCAACCAGGGAAGCCCCAGUACCACCGGAUACGCAGGAGAGUCGAUCAGAUAGAGCUGAAUCGUCUCCUCAUGACCCCCCUGCGUCUCCAUCCUAAGUGGCACUGUGACCUCCCUAAUCAACCCGGAUCCUAACGGACGACUAUCUAGGGCAUGUACAGGGAAAGGAUUAUUUACCGGAAGGAGGGGAAUCCCUAACUCUACACAGAAUUUGCGAUCUACAAAAUUCCCAGCUGCGCCUGAAUCUACUAGCGCCUUAUGCUGGGAACGAGGUGCAACCUGUGGAAAACAAACAGGUAUGGUUAUGUGUACGACAGAAAGCUCUGGGUAAGUGGGGCGCCUACUCACCUGGGAGGACUCCCCAAUGUGUGGCCUGCCUUCUCCUCCACCAGGAGACCCUCCCCAGCACCUAGCCGCGGUGUGCCCUCCACGGCCACAGUUGGUGCAGGGGACGGCCCCCCUCGGGCUCCUUCUUCUCCUUCCUCUAGCGCCAGCACCUCCGAGCUCCAUAGGGCUCGGCUCGGAGGUGCUGGAGGGUGGAAUGGGCGACCCCCACCUGGGACGCCCGCGGGUAGCGAGCAGGGUGUCCAGCCGAAUGGCCAUGUUAACCAAUUGGUCAAAUGAAAGCGUGGUAUCCCUGCACGCCAACUCUCUGCGGACGUCCUCCCGGAGGCUGCAGCGGAAGUGGUCUAUGAGUGCCCGCUCAUUCCACCCCGCAUCUGCCGCUAGAGUCCGGAACUCCAGUGCAAACUCCUGAGCACUCCUCAUCCCCUGCCGGAGGUAGAAUAGAUUGCUCCCACCCGCCGCCUUCCCCUCCGGUGGAUGGUCAAACACUGCACGGAAGCGGCGGGAGAACUCCGCAUAGGUGAUAGUAGCGGCGUCUAUUCUCCUCCAUUCGGCGUUGGCCCACUCCAACGCUUGCUGGUGAGACAGGAGAUGAGGGCGGAAACGCUCUCGUGUCCCGAGGGCGCCGGGUGUACGGUGGCGAGGUAGAGUUCAACUUGCAACAGGAACCCCUGACACCCGGCAGCGGUGCCGUCGUACGCCCUCGGGAGCGAGAGCCGAAUCCCACUGGGUUCCGGAAGUUGGACAGGCGGGCUGACCGAGGUGAUGGAUGGUGGUGCGGUAGGUGGGGUGUGGGUACCCCGCUGGUCUCCCAUCGAUGGAGGGUGUUCAUCACUCGGUCCAGGGCGUGCCCGAUUUGGUUGAUCCUGUCCUCCUGUCCACGAAGGCGCUCCUCGAUGAUCUCUGUGGGUGUGGGUGCUCCUGCUGAUUCCAUAGAGAUGGUGUGUAAUUCUGUCAGGGUUGAGUGUAGAGGUAACGUGGAAUCACACGCAGGACACACAGAGAUUCGAAACAGAUGUCUUAGUGAAGUCCGAAAAUACAAGCCAAACACAGCAACAGGCCACAGGCGAAACAUACGCACACUGGUAAGAACCAAAGUAAAUGCGCACAACGUGCAGGACUCUCUCAAACAAAACGAAAUACAGAGAGCACAGAACAGCGAACCAACUACUACACGUGACAUCGAAUAAUUACACACAACACCUGACCAAACACAAGAGAACUAAAUAGGACGCAUAAUGAACACUUAACAAUGAACAGGUGUAACAAACAGACAAAACCAAUCAAACAUAGAAACAUAGAACGGUGGCAGCUAGUACUCCGGAGACGACGACCGCCGAAGCCUGCCCGAACAAGGAGAAGGAGCAGCCUCGGCCGAAACCGUGACACACACACACACUUCUAACUCAACCUCGCCCUGCUUACACACACUUGCACGUUGGGAUUUACACCUACCUCAUCUAGCUACACACACACAUCUAACUCAACCUCGCCCUGCUUACACACACUUGCACGUUGAGAUUUACACCUACCUCAUCUAGCUACACACACACACACUUCUAACUCAACCUCGCCCUGCUUACACACACUUGCACGUUGGGAUUUACACUUACCUCAUCUAGCUACAAACACAGAAGUAGUUGACUACUGUCGUCGGUGGGUCUGUCUGUCUCUCUGUCUCUCCUUUUAUAUCUCCUUUCUUCAUUGUUGGGCAGGUGUCUGUCUGUCUGUCCCUGUCUUUGUCUAUCUCUGUCUGGCUUUUCUUUAUCUCUGUCUUUUUCUCAGCCCCUUUCUCUGUUUUGACAACUCCUCUGUGCUCACUCGUAAAAGGAGCAGUGAAGCAAUAACUAGUCUUUUCUUUCUCUCUCUGUCCGUCUCACCUGGUCGGCCACUCAGACGGACAGCUUGACAGAAGCUAACAGACGCUUUGACCUAUUUCAUGCCUCUGCUUAUUUUGAAAAAAGAUUUUAAAUGUUACACAUCUCUCUCUCUAUCUCCCUGCCUCCGUCCCCCUCCAGCUAAGUGACCUCCAGGCAGACAGUGAGGAGGUGCAGCGUACGGCCCAGCAGCUGAAGAAGAAGUGUCAGAGAUUGACGGCUGAGCUACAGGACACCAAGCUACACCUGGAGGGCCAGCAGAGCCGCAACCAUGACCUGGAGAAGAAACAGAGGAAGUGAGUUCAGUUCAUAAUGCACACACUCUGCUGUAGGUCGACAAACACACGUGAACACAGACCAUAGAGAUAGAUAGAGGACUCUAGUACUCAAAAGUCUGUUGUAGCAUGGGCAGCACCAUUGAGGACUUUCACCAUUUUGAAGUAGUCAACUGGGUGGGACUUUCUAUGGGUUAAGGAUGGUUUCAUAUAAUUCCAUCCAGGUCACCAGGACGGAUCAGCCAAUGAAUUAUACUCAUGAGGAAAUAUUCCAUAACUGCAGUUGGCAGUAAAUUGCCAACCUUGGCUUUAUACCUGUUUAAACAACACAUAGGUGACAUGGUGCACCCUUUUAGUUUGUUUACCAACUCAUAGAAGAAGAAGAAGAAAAUGGUCUACUUCAAAAUGGAGAUGGCCUCAAUGGCACUGUCUAUGCUCUCCUAGACACCGUAAUAAGACAGAUACAAUGAUGCGAUGUCUAUCUAAGUCUAUGAUGCAGACACACGCAAAUACACACAGGUGUGCGCCACACACUCAUACACAUAACUCAAACAGUACAUUCAGAUCUGCAACUACAACCUGAUAUUACUCAUACUCUCUCACUGACUUGAAGAAGAAACAGAGCUCACUACCUUAGAUCUUCACUGUAACUUUAAAUCUUUAAAGUCCUGGGUAAAACACCACAGUACUCUCUCAAUCUCUCUCUCUCUCUCCCGCUCUCUCUCCUCUCUCUCUGUCUCCCCACCCCCUCUCUCUCUCUCUUUCUCUCUGUCUCUCUCUCUUUCUCUCUCUCUCUAUCUCUCUGUGGUAAUGGUUACUGAGUGAUAUCACACCUCAGCAGAGUAGGAGAGAUAUAAUACAAAUGAAUCUAGGAGAUCAGUAAAGGCUAGGAAACUUACUUGGGAUGCUGCAAAAAUGUGUGGUCUCUAAGCUUGGCUGUGCUGGUUAGAGGCCCCUGCUGUCUAAGCCCCUUUAGUUCAAUAAGUAAACAGGGCGACAGAUACUCCCCCCGUGGCUGUCACGGCUAUGGGGAGUGUGUGUGUGCACAUGUACUGUACCAGUAUGAGUAUGUUGUUCUAUGUCGAUAGAGGACUCACGGCAGGGUGUGUGUCUAGCCAGACAAGGGUAUUAACAUGACUGUGUGUGUGUGUGUCAGGUUUGACUCGGAGCAGAACCUCUCUCAGGAGGAGGUUCAGAGGGAGAAGAAUAUUAGAGAGAAGUUGAGCAGAGAGAAGGACAUGCUGACUGGAGAGGUGUUCAGCCUGCGACAGCAACUGCAGGUACUGUACUGUACUCUACUGUACAAACACCAACACUACUGGCCUACCACAUCUCUGUGUGUGUGCCAAAAAUGGAUUCAAAUAUUAUUUGAAAUCUUUCAAGUACUUUGAGCAUUUUAGUCUUCCCGGAGUGUCAGGUGGCUGGGGUUGCAUUUUUGAGACCAUUCCAUUGGCUCCAUGGCAAGCUCAAUCAAGCACAGCUAUUUGAAUGAACAUACUUUUGGAUUGUGUGUGUAUCCACCUAUAGGACAAGGAUCUGGAGAUAUGUGUUUAGGGUGUUUUCACAUAUAGUCAACUCUGUGGUAAAAUAACUCAGUUCCCUUUGUAUUCACACUGCCCUUGCCUUUGGAUGAGGACUCAACUCUUUUGCCAGUUCACUUCACCUAUUUUGUGGUCCGAGUCCUAUUUGAAUUUCACAUUGCUAUGUUUAGAAAGAAACCAAUAUCUUUUUCCAACAUUCACUCAAUGCACUCAAGUGCAGGACAAGCCAUUCCAUCAGAAUGUGUUAUCGGACAGCUAGAUAUACCUACAUACAUUUUGGAAGCUAAUAGAUUGCAUUUAGUUAAAAGAUGAGACAUAAUAAUUGUAAUCAGAAGAUACUAUUAACAUGUACAUUUGAUUGGUAACAGAAUAAAUAGCACAUCAAUAACUGCAGAAUAAAGAAUGCUGUAAUUGAAAAUUGUACACCCAAUGUAGGCUACUGCCCCUUUAAGAGCUAGAAUUGAUUUUGUAUCCUAUGUUUGAUUCUCAUCAAAUACACUACAUGGCCAAAAGUAUGUGGAUACACCUUCAAAUUAGUGGAUUUGGCUAUUUAAGCCACACCCGUUGCUGACAGGUGUAUAAAAUCGAGCACACAGCCAUGCAAUCUCCAUAGACAAACAUUGUCAGUAGAAUGGCCUGUACUAAAGAGCUCAGUGACUUUCAACGUGGCACCAUCAUAGGAUGCCACCUUUCCAACGAGUCAGUUCGUCAAAUUUCUGCCCUGCUAGACCUGCCCCGUUCACUGUAAGCACUGUUAUUGUGAAGUGGAAACAUCUAGGAGCAACAACUGCUCAGCCACGAAGUGGUAGGCCACAGAACGGGACCACCGAGUGCUGAAGCGCGUAAAAAUCAUCUCUCCUCGGUUGCAACACUCACUACCAAGUUCCAAACUGCCUCUGGAAGCAAUAUCAGCACAAGAACUGUUCGUCAGGAGCAUCAUGAAAUUGGUUUCCAUGGCCGAGCAGUCGCACACAAGCCUAAGACCACCAUGCGGAAUGACAAGCAUUGGCUGGAGUGGUGUAAAGCUUGCCGCCAUUGGACUCUGGAGCAGUGGAAAAGCGUUCUCUGGAGUGAUGAAUCACGCUUCACCAUCUGGCAGUCCGACGGAUUAAUCUGGGUUUGGCGGAUGCCAGGAGAACGCUACCUGCCCGAAUGCGUAGUGCCAACUGUAAAGUUUGGUGGAUGAGGAAUAAUGGUCUGGGGCUGUUUUUCAUGGUUCGGGCUAAGCGCCUUAGUUCCAAUGAAGGGAAAUCUUAACUCUACAGCAUACAAUGACAUUCUAGACAAUUCUGUGCUUCCAACUUUGUGGCAACAGUUUUGGGAAGGCCCUUUCCUGUUUGAGCAUGACAAUGCCCCCGUGCACAAAGCGAGGUCCAUUCAGAAAUGGUUUAUCGAGAUCGGUGUGGAAGAACUUGACUGGCCUGCACAGAGCCUUGACCUCAACCCCAUCAAACACCUUUGGGAUGAAUUAGAACGCCGACUGCGAGCCAGGCCUAAUCGGCCAACAUCAGUGCCCGACCUCACUAAUACUCUUGUGGCUGAAUGGAAGCAAGUCCCCACAGCAAUGUUCCAACAUCUAGUGGAAAGCCUUCCCAGAAGAGUGGAGGCUGUUAUAGCAGCAAUGGGGGGACCAACUCAAUAUUAAUGCCCAUGAUAGUCUGCCCAUGAUAGUCUGUCCUCUAUAGGACAAGGACCUGGAGAUGUGUGUCUUAAUGUGUCCCCUCUCCCUCUAUAGGACAAGGACCUGGAGAUGUGUGUCUUAAUGUGUCCCCUCUCCCUCUAUAGGACAAGGACCUGGAGAUGUGUGUCUUAAUGUGUCCCCUCUCCCUCUAUAGGACAAGGACCUGGAGAUGUGUGUCUUAAUGUGUCCCCUCUCCCUCUAUAGGACAAGGACCUGGAAAUGUGUGCGCAGAACGUGAAGUUAGAACAGCUGGAGGCGGAGCUGCUGGACCUGUCAUCCCAGGAGACCAAGGACGAGGCGUCGCUGUCCAAGGUGAAGAAGACGAUACGUGACCUGGAGGCCAAGGUCAAAGACCAGGAAGAGGAGCUGGAUGAACAGGCCGGAACUAUACAGAUGCUGGAGCAGGUACAGAGUUAUACACACACACAUACACACACACACACAUACACACACACACAGAGAGACACACACGUGUACACACACAUGCAGACACACACACACACACACACACACAGAGAGACUCACACAGAGACUCACACGUGUACACACACAUGCAGAUGCGUGCACACACACUCCACUGAGGAUGACACUCAUAUACUCUGUCUUUGUGUUGUGCAGGCUAAGCUGCGUCUGGAGAUGGAGACAGAAAGACUGCGCCAGACACACUCCAAGGAGAUUGAAAGUAAAGACGAGGAGGUGGAGGAGAUCAGACAGUCCUGCAGUAAGAAGGUACAGCACACACCGACAACCUUACAUGACUCUAAAGGCAAAUGAUUAGUUGUGGCAAUGUGUGACUAUAGUAGCCACAAAUAGCUGGUUUCGUCACCAAAGCACAAACAUAGACGAUGACUCAGUUUUAUUAUGUAAACAUGUCUCUUUCAGUUGGAUCACAUUUCAUGGGUCACCAUAUAGUGUGUGUUCCUGUGUUUUCAGCUGAAGCAGAUAGAAGUCCAGCUGGAGGAGGAGUAUGAUGACAAACAGAAGGUCCUACGUGAAAGGAGAGACCUGGAGACCAAGCUACUGUCUGCCCAGGACCAGGUACAGUCACACACUCCCUACCAGUCUACCGUCUACCUUGUACAGGCUUUCCCCAGACUAGUUAUAUGUCCAGUGGUUGUCAACCCUCCUACUGGAUAGUUACAGAUUAUGCAGGCUUUUGUUCGUACUAUGUUUAGUGUGUGGUGUAAGGUGUUCAGCUGGUCGUAAUCUGGUUGUGUUGCUGCUGUCCCCAGGUGAACCCCAGAGAUGUGGAGACAGAGAAGAGGCUGAGGAAGGAUCUGAAGCGUACCAAGGCCCUGCUGGCCGACGCCCAGAUCAUGCUGGACCACAUGAAGAACAACGCCCCCAGCAAGAGAGAGAUCGCCCAGCUCAAAAACCAGGUAGGUAGUACCCCUAGCACACUCGUCCAGUUCCUACACCUCCCUGACACACCACAGAGAUACUGGGAAAGUCAAGAAACAUCACAAUAAGAUUUCGAUAAUGGAUUUGAAUCUCUUUCUCUCUAUGUCUGCCUGUCUAUCUCUCUAUAUCUCUCUCUCUCUCCCUCUCCCUCUCUCUCUCUCUCUCUCUCUCUCCUCUCUCUCUCUCUCUCCUCUCUCUCUCUCUCUCUCUCUCUCUCCUCUCCUCUCUCUCUCUCUCUCUCUCUCUCUCUCUCUCUCCCUCUCUCUCUCCCUCUAUCCCUCUGUCUCAGCUGGAGGAGUCAGAGUUCACCUGUGCGGCAGCAGUGAAGGCCCGUAAAUCUAUGGAGGUGGAGAUUGAGGACUUGCAUGUGCAGACGGAUGACAUCUCCAAAGCCAAACAGGCUGUGAGUACAGUACACCAUUUCCUACCUCUGACCUAUUUCAUACAUCAUGACCUUUUCAGCGGUUGAAUAACAUUUAUUCAGAGCGCACAAGGUGUUGGGGAGGAGGGGUGGGGCGGUGCUGUGGGAUUAUUGAAUGUACUCUUUGAAGAGGAAGGGUUUCAGAUGAUUUCGGAAGAUGGGCAGGGACUCUGCUGUCCUAGAUUCAGGGGGAAGCUGGUCCCACCAUUGGGGUGCCAGGACAGAGAAGAGCUUGGACUGGGCUGAGCGAGAGCCAAGAAACCAGAGGUGGCAGAACGGAAUACUCGGGUUGGGGUGUAGGGUUUGAGCAUAGCCUGAAGGUAGGGAGGGGCAGUUCCUCUUGCUGCUCCGUAGGCAAGUACCAUGGUUUUGCAGUGGAUGCGAGCUUCAACUGGAAGCCAGUGGAGUGAAUCUCUCUCCCUUUCUCUUUCCCUCCCACGUCCUCACCUCUCUCUUGCUGUGACAUCAAUUUUUUUACAUUUUAGUCAUUUUGCAGACGCUCUUAUCCAGAGCGACUUACAGUUAGUGAGUGCAUACAUAUUUUUUUUCAUACUGGUCCACCUCUGAGACUGCCAUUAUGAGUGCAGGGAAAUUAUUUUCGCCCAUGAUGCCAUGUUUCCCUAAACAUUUCUAAUUUGAACAAGACGUAUCACCUUGAAAUCCAUUACAGUUUAAUACAGCAGUCGUUGGGUGAAUAUUAUCUCCGCAGCGAGAGGGAAAGGUCAUUGAGUUCACACAGCAGCAGGUCAGGAACAACAGAUACUAGGAGAGAUGGAUGGAGAAAUGGAUGGAUAGAUGUUUUGAAGGUUGCAGCACACACUGAUUUCAUCAGUCUAAAUGUACAUUUUAAUGACAUGAUUGUCUAUGGUUUAUUUAAUGUUUUCCUGGCAUGGAAGUACAGCAGGAACAAACAAGUCAAGGUUGGGGUUGAUAUUUACUUUACUUGCACAUAUUUUUUGGCAAUGAGGGCAUUUAUUUGGUCAAACAUAGGAAAUAAACUUAUUAAAAUAACAACCAUGUAAUUAAUACCAGUAUGAAAUCUUGCAAUUUCUUUCCAAGGAAUUCUGUUGGUUCUAUUCCCCAGGUCGUUUUCCCCUCCAUGUUAAUAAGACGGAUGUCAUUGUGCCAGCGUGCUUUACAAGUCCUCUCAUCCCUCAGCUAUGUACUAAUGGAUUCAUUAGCCUUUUCUGAUAUCCACAUUAUUCAUCAUGUAUUAAUACAUCCCAUGACUGUCCCCAGCCCCGCUCAUCUCCCUGCUGCACCUCUCUGCAUUGUUGAAGUAAUUAUAGAAAUGGGAUUACGCCUCUGACGUUCCCACUGAAGUCAGUUAGGAGCACCCUGCUAGCAUUAGCCGCUAAUUGGCUAGGUUGAUAAUGACUGGGAACAGACAGUGUGUUAGCCCAUGAUCAGAGGAGAGUCUUUGUGGGAGGGGUAAUAUGCCUCCACUGUAAGAUUCUACUGUACUGCUAAGCAUUCUUAUGGUUUAUAACAUAUGGAGUAAAUCGUGAAUAUAUCCUGAAACAAUAUUAUUCUAGGGUCAGUUGGUUGGCUCAAUAUUGAUGUGGAAAAGUUUGGCCUUAUACUAAUCAAAGAAUCAAAGUAUUUCAGAGUUUUUGUAGAAUUAAGAUAGACUUUAUUACAAAUAGACAAAAGCCGAGAUGAUUUGUAAAGCAUCUCCCGUCUACCUCUCAGCUCUCCGUUUAUAUAGUCAUAUUCACAUACAUCUUAGCUUAAAGACCCUCCCUCUUAGGUUCCCCCAUCAUUAUCUUCAGUUUCCCCCUCUCGACCGCUCCGCCCACUUCCUUAGUCUAUGAUAGCGGCUAAAUUUGACUUCUCUUCAGUUUAGAAACAAUAGUAGUACAAUCAAUCAAGCCCUUGUCAUGCAAAAACAAUCAUGUUCAGUUUAAACUCUGUUCAACCCUGGCUUGACCUGAAGAUUGUUUGUUGGACAUGACAGGUCCACACUCAAUCUCUCAAACAUACCCAAACCCAACUCCUCUCUCCCCUCCCGUCAUGCUGUAAUUACUCAUGAUUAGUCUGAACUCUGUUCAACUCUGGCUCCGCUCUCAGGACUUUGUUUGAGGAGAGAGGCAAAAGGCAACAGUCUGGUUUCAGUCUCUGAUAAAGUAGGACAGCCAUGGAUUAGGUAAGAGCGAGGAAUUCGACCCGAGGUCAGAUCCCCAUUUCACACACACACACACAAACCCAGUGAAAGGAACCAAUUAAGUUCUUGCCCAGCAACAGAGAAUUCUGACUAUAUGUUCGUCAUGUCUGUGAUUAACUUUGUUUAUCCAAUAGUUUACUGAAAAAUCUUCAUCAAUAUCCGUUUCACAAUAUUGAAUGUACAGUUACAGAAGUCAGCAUCCUAUUUUACACAUUCUUUAUAUCUCUCUCUCCCGCUCUCUCUCUCUCUCUCUCUGUCUCUCUCUCUCAGCUGGAGGAGCAGUUGAGCAGGCUGCAGAGGGAGAAGAAUGAUCUGCAGUCUCGUAUGGAGGAGGACCAGGAGGAUAUGAACGAGCUCAUGAAGAAGCACAAGUCAGCUGUCGCCCAGGUAACACACACACACAGUCACACACACACAAUGCGAGGGUAAUUCUGCGUUAUUUCAAUGGUGUAAGUAGUAUUUGGCACCAGCUUAGUGCUCUCCAUUAGUGUUAAUGUAUCUGUGUAGAGCAGAUUGCUAUCAAGUGGAAAUGAAAAUUGAGCUCUGUCUGACACUGGUGGAAAUAUGAGUGAUCCGCUUCCACUAGUUCCAAAUGAAUGUAUCCCGUCCCUAAUCUCUAAGAAGUGCUUUCACAUCGGUCACAUUGAAAUUAGAUGUAUUGAUGUCUCCCCUCCUUGCUCUUGCUUUUAAAAAGAUAUCCCUGUGACAUUGUCCCCAUCAAUAUGUUUGUUUAUGGUUGUUUAUCAAUCUGUUGGCUGUGUAGACAAAAUGGGAAUGAAUAUAUUAUGUUGUACUGUGAUACUAAAGUAAACAUCAUGCAGUACACUGUAGAGAUAACUUAGUGUUAAACCGAUCAGACAGACCAGUAGCUAACCUCUCUGUGUGUGUGUGUGUGUGUGUGUGUGUGUGUGUGUGUGUGUGUGUGUGUGUGGGCGGGCCGGCGGGCGUGCGUACGUGUAGUCGACUCAGAACCUAGCCCAGAUCUCUGACCUACAAGCCCAGCUGGAGGAGGCCCUCAAGGAGAAGCAGGAUGUCCAGGAGAAGGUACAGUUCACUGGAACACAGUUGUUUAGCCGGGAGGGUAUAGGGAAUAGACAGGGCUAUCCUAUCCUAAUGCAGCGCUUUGUCUGCACUUAUAACAACAUAAUGGGACACAUUGAGCAGGACUAGCUUGCUGACAUAAGUCAUCUGCCUCAUGGAAUUUAAAUUCCUCCACCCCUAUCCCCUCUCUUUGCAUGGUAGUCCUUACAAAUGAUUGACAUGGUAUAAUCAAUGUGUCAUUUUUGAAAGAUGUGUAUCAGAAUAACAGAAUUGGUCAACUCCGUUUGACAGUUGAAGAUGGAGAACGUCUGUCUGACUGUUGUCUGUCACGGUGCCCAGUCAGGCUGUGACGUUUGGCUUUAGUAGCCCACAGCUUUAGCAUAUGCACCCUUCAGUCCUAGUGAUUUCAUUGUAGAGUCGUGUAGUGUGGUCACAGUCUGUGUGGCUGUUCUUGUCAACAUCAAAUCAAGGUGACCCUGCAAGGGAUCAAGCCUGUAAUACCUUUACCUCUCUCUGUCUGUUGCCCCGUGAUCCCACCCAGACAUGGGACAUUUUGUUGUAGCGUGACACACGGUGUGGUGCUCCAAUCUGGAGAUAACCAUCAGAGUCCCUGGCCUCGGAACAAUUAUCCCCGCUGUCGCUGAGAGGGAGGGGGAUGGGGGAUCUAUGAUCAUCAGGCUAAGAGGACCGUGUCCAAAUCCCCCUUUUUCUCUAGCUGCCUCCCCCCCCCUCUCUUCCACUAGCUCUCGCCCCCUCUCUCUCUCUCCCCCCCUGCUCUCUCUCGCUCUCUCUCCUCACGCUCUCUCUCUCUCUCUUCCACUCUCUCUCUGAUACCUAGUCAGUCAUUAUGACAGGGAAGCUGUCAUCUUAUUGAACGUACACGGUGCUCCCAGGGGACUCCCUCAUACAGGAGCUUGUAAAGGACAGUUUCUUUCACUUCACCUCGAAAUACAUAAUAAUAAUAAUUAUAUAGUCAGUAUGUUUUAAAACGGUCAACUUUUCUUUCCUUGAAGAUUACUUUAGGCCUAUUUAAAGACUUGAGUUGGACUGGCGGGCAUAAAGCUAGAUGUUAGUUUAUUGGUUUCAGAUUAAACAAAGAGGCCUCGUCUGACCGCCCACACACAUCCCAAAGUCAAUAUUCUGGAAAUUACUAUUCCUAGCAAAUAGUUUCUGUCUGUUUUGAAACAGCGGAGCAACUUUUAGAAAGAAUGAAAAGGAAUUCAGUCUGGGGCACGUCUCUACGCUUUGAAUAAUAUAAAUGAAAUGCCUGUAACGAUGUCUGGUGUUUGAAGCCCUAUCCUGGUCUGAACUAUGUUAAAAUUCUGAAGCGCUCUGUAGAGAGAUGCCGGGCUACUCCUAAAGAGGAAGGUUGAUCUGGAUCUGGAACCCCUGUAGAGAUGUGAAGUGUUUUCAACUUUUCACUCAGGGGAGAGAACAAUGACAGAGGUGCAUGGCUCAGAGAGUAGCCCUCAGGCCUAAGGACCUGGUGUGGAAAUAGAGAGUAGCCCUCAGGCCUAAGGCCCUGGUUUGGAAAUAGAGAGUAGCCCUCAGGCCUAAGGCCCUGGUGUGGAAAUAGAGAGUAGCCCUCAGGCCUAAGGCCCUGGUGUGGAAAUAGAGAGUAGCCCUCAGGCCUAAGGCCCUGGUGUGGAAAUAGAGAGUAGCCCUCAGGCCUAAGGCCCUGGUGUGGAAAUAGAGAGUAGCCCUCAUGCCUAAGGCCCUGGUGUGGAAAUAGAGAGUAGCACUCAGGCCUAAGGCCCUGGUGUGGAAAUAGAGACUAACCCUCAGGCCUAAGGCCCUGGUUUUGGAAAUAGAGAGUAGCCCUCAGGCCUAAGGCCCUGGUGUGGAAAUAGAGAGUAGCCCUCAGGCCUAAGGCCCUGGUGUGGAAAUAGAGAGUAGCCCUCAGGCCUAAGGCCCUGGUGUGGAAAUAGAGAGUAGCCCUCAGGCCUAAGGCCCUGGUGUGGAUAUAGAGAGUAGCCCUGAGGCCUAAGGCCCUGGUGUGGAAAUAGAGAGUAGCCCUCAGGCCUAAGGCCCUGGUGUGGAAAUAGAGAGUAGCCCUCGGGCCUUGGUGUGGAUAUAGAGAGUAGCCCUCAGGCCUAAGGCCCUGGUGUGAAUAUAGAGAGUAGCCCUCAGGCCUAAGGCCUUGGUGUCGAUGUAGAGAGUAGCCCUCAGGCCUAAGGCCCUGGUGUGGAUAUAGAGAGUAGCCCUCAGGCCUAAGGCCCUGGUGUGGAAAUAGAGAGUAGCCCUAAGGCCCUGGUGUGGAUAUAGAGAGUAGCCCUCAGGCCUAAGGCCCUGGUGUCGAUGUAGAGAGUAGCCCUCAGGCCUAAGGCCCUGGUGUGGAUAUAGAGAGUAGCCCUCAGGCCUAAGGCCCUGGUGUCGAUGUAGAGAGUAGCCCUCAGGCCUAAGGCCCUGGUGUGGAUAUAGAGAGUAGCCCUCAGGCCUUGGUGUGGAUAUAGAGAGUAGCCCUCAGGCCUAAGGCCCUGGUGUGGAUAUAUAUUUUUUACAUUUUAGUCAUUUAGCAGACGCUCUUAUCCAGAGCGACUUACAGUUAGUGAGUGCAUACAUUUUCAUACAUAUAUAGAGAGUAGCCUUCAGGCCUAAGGCCCUGGUGUGGAUAUAGAGAGUAGCCCUCAGGCCUAAGGCCCUGGUGUGGAUAUAGAUCACCAGUUGUGUGGAGGUUGUGUUUCAGCAUUGGUGGGCUGUAACACUAGUGUUCUGAGAACAUUAGCACUAUUACUGUAGGCUGUUGCAUUCAUAUAUGAUAACAUAAUAUACACUGAACAAAAAUAUAAACGCAACAUGUAAAGUGUUGGUCCCAUGUUUCAUGAGCUGAAAUAAAAGAUCCCAGAAGUGUUCCAUAUGCACAAAAAGCUUAUUUCUCUCAAAUGUUGUGCACAAAUUAGUUUACAUCCCUGUUAGUGAGCAUUUCUCGUUUGCCAAGAUAAACCAUCCACCUGACAGGUGUGGCAUAUCAAGAAGCUGAUUAAACAGCAUGAUCAUUACACAGGUGCACCUUGUGCUGGGGAAAAUAAAAGAACACUCUAAAAUGUGCAGUUUUGUCACACAACACAGUGCCACAGAUGUCAAAAGUUUUGAGGGAGCGUGCAAUUGGAAUGCUGACUGCAGGAAUGUCCACCAGAGCUGUUGCCAGAGAAUUUAAUGUUAAUUUCUCUACCAUAAGCCGCCUCCAAUGUCGUUUUUGAGAAUUUGGCAGUAUAUCCAACCGGCCUCACAAACGCAGACCAUGUGUAUGGCGUUGUGUGGGCGAGCCGUUUGCUGAUGUCAACGUUGUUAACAGAGUGCCCCAUGGUGGCGGUGGGGUUAUGGUAUGGGCAGGCAUAAGCUACGGACAACAAACACAAUUGCAUUUUAUCGAUGGCAAUUUGAAUGCACAGAAAUACCGUGACGAGAUCCUGAGGCCCAUUUUUUUUAAGGUAUCUGCGACCAACAGAUGCAUAUCUGUAAAUUGUUGCAUGUUGCGUUUAUAUUUUUGUUCAGUAUUAAUACAGUGCAUUCGGAAAGUAUUCAGACCCCUUUUACACAUUUUGUUACGUUACAGCCUUUUUCUAAAAUGGAUUAAAUAAAUACAAAUCUUCAUCAAUCUACACACAAUACCCCAUAAUGACAAAGUGAAAACAGGUUUUUAGAAGUUUUUGCAAAUGUAUUACCCUUUGCCAUGAGACUCAAAAUUGAGCUCAGGUGCAACCUGUUUCCAUGAACAUCCUUGAGAUGUUUCUACAACUUAAUUGGAGUCCACCUGUGGUAAAUUCAAUUGAUUGGACAUGAUUUGGAAAGGCACACACCUGUCUAUAUAAGGUCCCACAAUUGACAGUGCAUGUCAGAGAAAAAACCAAGCCAUGAGCUUGAAGGAAUUGUCUGUAGAGCUCCGAGACAGGAUUGAGUCGAGGCACAGAUCUGGGAAACGCAUUUCUGCAAUAUUGAAGGUCCCCCAAAACACAGUGGCCUCCAUCAUUCUUAAAUGGAAGAAGUUUGGAACCACCAAGACUCUUCAUGGGCUGGCCGCCUGGCCAAACUGAGCAAUCGGGGGAGAAGGGCCCCUUGGUCAGAGAGGUGACCAAGAACCCAAUGGUCACUCUGACAGAGCUCCAGAGUUCCUCUGUGGGGAUGGGAGAACCUUCCAGAAGGACAACCAACUCUGCAGCACUCCACCAAUCAGGCCUGUAUGGUAGAGUGACCAGACGGAAGCCACUCCUCAGUAAAAGGCACAUGUGUGAUGAGGUGGUGUUGAAGGAGUCAGGCGCAGGAGGGUAAAUCACAGAAUAACAGGCUUUAAUCCGCAAAAUACAGGUUUACGCAGAAAUGCGUCAAACACACUCCAGGGCACAAAACAGGCGCACUGGAAAAUAGAAGGCACAUGGGAAAUACUCCCGUCAAUACAAAAUACACGAGCUCCACCGAGCUUCACUAACCUCCACAAUAAACAAUCACCCACACAGACAAGGAAGCAGAGGGAACACUUACAGUGGGGAAAAAAUGUAUUUAGUCAGCCACCAGUUGUGCAAGUUCUCCCACUUAAAAAGAUGAGAGAGGCCUGUAAUUUUCAUCAUAGGUACACGUCAACUAUGACAGACAAAUUGAGAAAAAAAAUCCAGAAAAUCACAUUGUAGGAUUUUUAAUGAAUUUAUUUGCAAAUUAUGGUGGAAAAUACAGUGGGGAAAAAAAGUAUUUAGUCAGCCACCAAUUGUGCAAGUUCUCCCACUUAAAAAGAUGAGAGAGGCCUGUAAUUUUCAUCAUAGGUACACGUCAACUAUGACAGACAAAAUGAGGAAAAAAAAUCUAGAAAAUCACAUUGUAGGAUUUUUAAUGAAUUUAUUAGCAAAUUAUGGUGGAAAAUAAGUAUUUGGUCAAUAACAAAAGUUUCUCAAUACUUUGUUAUAUACCCUUUGUUGGCAAUGACACAGGUCAAACGUUUUCUGUAAGUCUUCACAAGGUUUUCACACACUGUUGCUGGUAUUUUGGCCCAUUCCUCCAUGCAGAUCUCCUCUAGAGCAGUGAUGUUUUGGGGCUGUCGCUGGGCAACAUGGACUUUCAACUCCCUCCAAAGAUUUUCUAUGGGGUUGAGAUCUGGAGACUGGCUAGGCCACUCCAGGACCUUGAAAUGCUUCUUACGAAGCCACUCCUUCGUUGCCCGGGCGGUGUGUUUGGGAUCAUUGUCAUGCUGAAAGACCCAGCCACGUUUCAUCUUCAAUGCCCUUGCUGAUGGAAGGAGGUUUUCACUCAAAAUCUCACGAUACAUGGCCCCAUUCAUUCUUUCCUUUACACGGAUCAGUCGUCCUGGUCCCUUUGCAGAAAAACAGCCCCAAAGCAUGAUGUUUCCACCCCCAUGCUUCACAGUAGGUAUGGUGUUCUUUGGAUGCAACUCAACAUUCUUUGUCCUCCAAACACGACGAGUUGAGUUUUUACCAAAAAGUUCUAUUUUGGUUUCAUCUGACCAUAUGACAUUCUCCCAAUCCUCUUCUGGAUCAUCCAAAUGCACUCUAGCAAACUUCAGACUGGCCUGGACAUGUACUGGCUUAAGCAGGGGGACACGUCUGGCACUGCAGGAUUUGAGUCCCUGGCGGCGUAGUGUGUUACUGAUGGUAGGCUUUGUUACUUUGGUCCCAGCUCUCUGCAGGUCAUUCACUAGGUCCCCCCGUGUGGUUCUGGGAUUUUUGCUCACCGUUCUUGUGAUCAUUUUGACCCCACGGGGUGAGAUCUUGCGUGGAGCCCCAGAUCGAGAGAGAUUAUCAGCGGUCUUGUAUGUCUUCCAUUUCCUAAUAAUUGCUCCCACAGUUGAUUUCUUCAAACCAAGCUGCUUACCUAUUGCAGAUUCAGUCUUCCCAGCCUGGUGCAGGUCUACAAUUUUAUUUCUGGUGACCUUUGACAGCUCUUUGGUCUUGGCCAUAGUGGAGUUUGGAGUGUGACUGUUUGAGGUUGUGGACAGGUGUCUUUUAUACUGAUAACAAGUUCAAACAGGUGCCAAUAAUACAGGUAAUGAGUGGAGGACAGGGGAGCCUCUUAAAGAAGAAGUUACAGGUCUGUGAGAGCCAGAAAUCUUGCUUGUUUGUAGGUGACCAAAUACUUAUUUUCCACCAUAAUUUGCAAAUAAAUUCAUUAAAAAUCCUACAAUGUGAUUUUCUGGAUUUUUUUCCCUCAAUUUGUCUGUCAUAGUUGACGUGUACCUAUGAUGAAAAUUACAGGCCUCUCUCAUCUUUCUAAGUGGGAGAACUUGCACAAUUGGUGGCUGACUAAAUACUUUUUUUCCCCACUGUAAGUAUUUGGUCACCUACAAACAAGCAAGAUUUCUGGCUCUCACAGACCUGUAACUUCUUCUUUAAGAGGCUCCUCUGUCCUCCACUCGUUACCUGUAUUAAUGGCACCUGUUUGAACUUGUUAUCAGUAUAAAAUACACCUGUCCACAACCUCAAACAGUCACACUCCAAACUCCACUAUGGCCAAGACCAAAGAGCUGUCAAAGGACACCAGAAACAAAAUUAUAGACCUGCACCAGGCUGGGAAGACUGAAUCUGCAAUAGGUAAUCAGCUUGGUUUGAAGAAAUCAACCGUGGGAGCAAUUAUUAGGAAAUGGAAGACAUACAAGACCACUGAUAAUCUCCCUCGAUCUGGGGCUCCACGCAAUUUCUCACCCUGUGGGGUCAAAAUGAUCACAAGAACGGUGAGCAAAAAUCCCAGAAUCACACGGGGAGACCUAGUGAAUGAGCUGCAGAGAGCUGGGACCAAAGUAACAAAGCCUACCAUCAGUAACACACUACGCCGCCAGGGACUCAAAUCCUGCAGUGCCAGACGUGUCCCCCUGCUUAAGCCAGUACAUGUCCAGGCCCGUCUGAAGUUUGCUAGAGUGCAUUUGGAUGAUCCAGAAGAGGAUUGGGAGAAUGUCAUAUGGUCAGAUGAAACCAAAAUAUAACUUUUUGGUAAAAACUCAACUCGUCGUGUUUGGAGGACAAAGAAUGCUGAGUUGCAUCCAAAGAACACCAUACCUACUGUGAAGCAUGGGGGUGGAAACAUCAUGCUUUGGGGCUGUUUUUCUGCAAAGGGACCAGGACGACUGAUCCGUGUAAAGGAAAGAAUGAAUGGGGCCAUGUAUCGUGAGAUUUUGAGUGAAAACCUCCUUCCAUCAGCAAGGGCAUUGAAGAUGAAACGUGGCUGGGUCUUUCAGCAUGACAAUGAUCCCAAACACACCACCUGGGCAACGAAGGAGUGGCUUCGUAAGAAGCAUUUCAAGGUCCUGGAGUGGCCUAGCCAGUCUCCAGAUCUCAAACCCAUAGAAAAUCUUUGUAGGGAGUUGAAAGUCCGUGUUGCCCAGCGACAGCCCCAAAACAUCACUGCUCUAGAGGAGAUCUGCAUGGAGGAAUGGGCCAAAAUACCAGCAACAGUGUGUGAAAACCUUGUGAAGACUUACAGAAAACAUUUGACCUGUGUCAUUGCCAACAAAGGGUAUAUAACAUAUUGAGAAACUUUUGUUAUUGACCAAAUACUUAUUUUCCACCAUAAUUUGCAAAUAAAUUCAUAAAAAAUCCUACAAUGUGAUUUUCUGGAGAGAAAGAAUCUCAUUUUGUCUGUCAUAGUUGACGUGUACCUAUGAUGAAAAUUACAGGCCUCUCUCAUCUUUUUAAGUGGGAGAACUUGCACAAUUGGUGGCUGACUAAAUACUUUUUUCCCCCACUGUAUACAAUGACUAAUGAGGUAAUAAGGACCGGGUGUGUGUGAUUGAAGACAAGACAAAUGGAGAGUUGAUAAAUGGAUCGGCAGUAGCUAGUAAGCCGGUGAUGCCGAAACCUGCCCGAACAAGGAGGGGAGGCAGCCUCAGCAGAAGUCGUGACAACAUGACAGCCCGCUUGGAGUUUGCCAAAAGGCACCUAAAGGACUCUGACCAUGAAAAACAAGAUUCUCUGGUCUGAUGAAUCCAAUAUUUAACUAUUUGGCCUGAAUGCCAAGCGUCACGUCUGGAGGAAACCUGGCACUAUACCUAUGGUGAAGCAUGGUGGUGGCAGAAUCAUGUUGUGGGGAUGUUUUUCAGUGGCAGGGACUGGGAAACUAGUCAGGAUCGAGUGAAAGAUGAACAGAGCAAAGUACAGAGAGAUCCUUGAUGAAAUCCUGCUCCAAGAGCGCUCAGGACCUCAGACUGGGGCGAUGGUUCACAUUCCAACAAGACAACGACCCUAAGCACACAGCUAAGACAAUGCAGGAAUGGCUUUGGGACAAGUCUCUGAAUGUCCUUGAGUGGCCCAGCCAGAGCCCGGACUUGAACCCGAUCUAACAUCUCUGGAGAGACCUGAAAACAGCAGUGCAGCGACGCUCCCCAUCCAAAGCUUGAGAGGAUUUGCAGCGAAGAGUGGGAGAAACUCCCCAAAAACAGGUGUGCUAAGCUUUUAGCGUCAUACCCAAGAAGACUUGAGGCUGUAAUUGCUGCCAAAGGUGCUUCAUCAAAGUACUGAGUAAAGGGUCUGAAUACUUAUGUGAAUAUGAUAUUUCACUGCCCAUCUUAAACUUUUAUUUUUAUUGGCCAGUCUGAGAUAUGGCUUUUUCUUUGCAACUCUGCCUAGAAGGUCAGCAUCCCGGAGUCGCCUCUUCACUGUUGCCGUUGAGACUGGUGUUUUGCGGGUACUAUUUAAUGAAGCUGCCAGUUGAGGACCUGUGAGGCGUCUGUUUCUCAAACUAGACACUGUAAUGUAUUUGUCCUCUUGCUCAGUUGCGCACCAGGGCCUCCCACUCCUCUUUUUAUUUUUUAUUUUUAUUCUUUUUUUCUCCUCUUUCUAUUCAGGUUAGAGCCUGUUUGCGCUGUUCUGUGAAGGGAGUAGUACACAGCGUUGUACGAGAUCUUCAGUUUCUUAGCAAUUUCUCGCAUGGAAUAGCCUUCAUUUCUCAGAACAAGAAUAGACUGACGAGUUUCAGAAGAAAGUUCUUUGUUUCUGGCCACUUUGAGCCUGUAAUCGAACCCACAAUUGCUGAUGCUCCAGAUACUCGACUAGUCUCAAGAAGUCCAGUUUUAUUGCUUCUUUAAUCAGCACAACAGUUUUCAGCUGUGCUAACAUAAUUGCAAAAGGGGUUUUCUAAUGAUCAGUUAGCCUUUUAAAAUGAUAAAUUUGGAUUAAAACACAACGUGCCAUUGGAACACAGGACUGAUGGUUGCUGAUAAUGGGCCUCUGUACGCCUAUGUAGAUAUUCCAUUAAAAAUCAGCCGUUUCCAGCUACAAUAGCCAUUUACAACAUUAACAAUGUCUAUACUGUAUUUCUGAUCAAUUUGAUGUUAUUUUAAUGGACAAAAACAUUUGCUUUUCUUUCUAAGUGACCCCAAACUUUUGAACGGAAGUGUGUAUAUAUAUAUUUGCAAACAUUUCUAAAAACCUGUUUUUGCUUUGUCAUAAUGGAGUAUUGUGUGUAGAUUGAUGAGGAAAAAAACAAUUUAAUCCAUUUUAGAAUAAGGUUGUAACGUAACAACAUUUUGGAAAAGUCAAGGGGUCUGAAUACUGUAUGAUAUCAGUUUGUUGCUGGUACAGUAUGUUGUUCAUUCUAAAACUCUGCCUUGUGUGUGUGUUCCUAAUCGUGUGUUUCACUCCCUCAGCUCUCGGCACUGCAGAGCCAGCUGGAGUUCCAGGAGACUUCUAUGGUGGAAAAGUCUCUGGUCAGCAGGCAGGAGGCCAAGAUCCGAGAGAUGGAGACCAAGAUGGAGUUUGAGAAGACGCAGGUCAAACGCUUGGAGGUGAGUGCAAUCAGGGGGUUGAGGGAUUUUCUAGAGGAGGAGCGCUGGUUUGCGUCUGGCAGCCUGUCGAGUGUGUGCGUGCGUGAGUGCCUGAGUGUGGGUGGGUGUGUGUGAGUGCGUGCGUGCGUGCGUGUGUGUGUGUGUGUUUGUGGAAGGUUAGGGCUGAAGAAUUGCCCAGGGGAUGAAUGGGCUACUUUUUUUGGAGUAAAUGAAAAACAUUUCCUCAGGACGAUUGACUCCCACUACCUCCACCCCCCUCUGUUAUACCAUGCAAGUAUUGCCCACUCAGUGCUGGGUUCAGCCUCACAUAACCUUCUUCUAGCUCGGACUGUUAUCACAGUUAGUUAGAAAACACCUUCUGCUCUGUUCUAUUCUAUUCACUCCACAAUAUAAUUUAAUAAUUUGUUAUUCUGUCAGUUUCAAAUUACAUUCUGGGACAAACGUUUAAGUGAAGGAUAAAGGUUACUGUUCGCACACAGCCAGGGAAACAUUUUAAUCAAUUUUCUGCCUCACUGACAAAUGCAUCUUUGCUUGUUUUGGCAACUUUUAGACUUGUAAUUACCAGCAAUGUUCCAGACACACUGCUUUAACUUUUUACACUCAAAACUAAAAGGGAGGGAGGGAGGGGGGGGAGGGAGGGAGGGGUUUGGGUUUUUCUGUUUCUGUUCUUAUAUCUGAAAAUCUAUAAAUAAAGAACAAAGAAAUAAACAAAUAAAAGUAAAACUCUCUCCGAGAAUCCCUCUCUUUCGAUGUUCUCCACUGGCUGGAAUAAUACAAAGACCAUCUAAGACUGGUUAAGCAUUGUUCAGCUUUGGGAAAGAUACAGUGAGGGAAAAAAGUAUUUGAUCCCCUGCUGAUUUUGUACGUUUGCCCACUGACAAAGACAUGAUCAGUCUAUAAUUUUAAUGGUAGGUUUAUUUGAACAGUGAGACACAGAAUAACAACAAAAAAAUCCAGAAAAACGCAUGUCAAAAAUGUUAUAAAUUGAUUUGCAUUUUAAUGAGGGAAAUAAGUAUUUGACCCCUCUGCAAAACAUUACUUAGUACUUGGUGGCAAAACCCUUGUUGGCAAUCACAGAGGUCAGACGUUUCUUGUAGUUGGCCACCAGGUUUGCACACAUCUCAGGAGGGAUUUUGUCCCACUCCUCUUUGCAGAUCUUCUCCAAGUCAUUAAGGUUUCGAGGCUGACGUUUGGCAACUCGAACCUUCAGCUCCUUCCACAGAUUUUCUGUGGGAUUAUGGUCUGGAGACUGGCUAGGCCACUCCAGGACCUUAAUGUGCUUAUUCUUGAGCCACUCCUUUGUUGCCUUGGCCAUGUGUUUUGGUUCAUUGUCAUGCUGGAAUACCCAUCCACGACCCAUUUCCAAUGCCCUGGCUGAGGGAAGGAGGUUCUCACCCAAGAUUUGACGGUACAUGGCCCCGUCCAUCGUCCCUUUGAUGCGGUGAAGUUGUCCUGUCCCCUAAGCAGAAAAAUACCCCAAAGCAUAAUGUUUCCACCUCCAUGUUUGAUGGUGGGGAUGGUGUUCUUGGGGUCAUAGGCAGCAUUCCUCCUCCUCCAAACACGGCGAGUUGAGUUGAUAACAAAGAGCUCGAUUUUGGUCUCAUCUGACCACAACACUUUCACCCAGUUCUCCUCUGAAUCAUUCAGAUGUUCAUUGGCAAACUUCAGACGGGCCUGUAUAUGUGCUUUCUUGAGCAGGGGGACCUGGAGCCCCAGGCCGAGGGAGAUUGACAGGUCUUUUGUGUUUCUUCCAUUUGCGAAUAAUCGCACCAACUGUUGUCACCUUCUCACCAAGCUGCUUGGCGAUGGUCUUGUAGCCCAUUCCAGCCUUGUGUAGGUCUACAAUCUUGUCCCUGACAUCCUUGGAGAGCUCUUUGGUCUUGGCCAUGGUGGAGAGUUUGGAAUCUGAUUGAUUGAUUGCUUCUGUGGACAGGUGUCUUUUAUACAGGUAACAAGCUGAGAUUAGGAUCUCUCCCUUUAAGAGUGUGCUCCUAAUCUCAGAUCGUUACCUGUAUAAAAGACAUCUGGGAGCCAGAAAUCUUUCUGAUUGAGAGGGGGUCAAAUACUUAUUUCCCUCAUUAAAAUGCAAUGAAUUUAUAACUUUUUUGACAUGCGUUUUUCUGGAUUUUUGUUGUUAUUCUGUCUCUCACUGUUCAAAUAAACCUACCAUUAAAAUUAUAGACGGAUCAUUUCUUUGUCAGUGGGCAAACGUACAAAAUCAGCAGGGGAUCAAAUAUUUUUUUCCCUCACUGUACAUCCAGAGUUAUAAGGGGUUUUAAGGUCGUGUUUAGCCAUGUCUUUUUGCUACGCAUGGCAUUUGAAACCACUGUGAGUGGCUGGAUACAUCUCAUCUUAGCAGACAGCGAGCAGAACUCACAGUGUGAAACAUGGAGGGGCUGAAGGCUAAUGGUAUACUUUAACAAAGUUGGCUGUUUAGUAUUGGUAUGGAGGCUGGAUUUAGCCUUUUUAGUGCAUUAAAGUUGUUAUAAGUGCUCGUAAGAAAUGCUGGAGAAUUCCUCUGUGGUGCAAAUACAGUAUGUAGCAGAACUAUGUUUUGCAGGUAGGCUGUUUAAUGAGUAGGCCCAGUUUCUUGCCCUUAUUUGGGGAAAUAUCUCAAAUGCAAGUAAGUGUAGGUUUUUCCUCAACUGAAUCCCCUUUUAGAUAUGGAGCAUCUCUCAUAGCUGCAUGUAUGAUAAGGUCUCUCGCCUGUGCCAGAUACUGUAUAGACUGUGAGUGCAGUGGUUCUUCUAACAUGGUCCCUGCUGUUGGUCAUUCAGAGCCUGGUUGCCCGUCUGAAGGAGAACCUUGAGAAGCUAACAGAGGAGCGGGAUCACCGCAGCACCAGCGAGACUCGGGAGAAGGAGCAGAACAAGCGGCUCCAGAGACAGAUCAGAGAUAUCAAGGAGGAGAUGGGAGAGCUGGCCAAGAAGGAGGGAGAGGCCAGCCGCAAGAAACAUGAGCUGGUAAGACCCAAAGUCACAAAUGGGCCAAGCCGACUGGGACAGUGUACAGACUGGCUUUUUACAGUGGCGCACUUUGAAGAUAUGAAAUAACGGCUGCAGUUCCCAUCAACCUUGUUUUGUUCAGGAGUAGUAGACAUUUAGGGAAAUGAGACUGACAAAGAGACUUCAGAAAUUGUCAGAUGUAGGUGUAAUGCUGGGACCUUAGUUUAGAGUGUCUCACUCUCUUCCAACAGGAAAUGGAUAUUGAAAGCUUGGAGGCAGCCAAUCAGAGCCUGCAGGCGGACCUUAAACUAGCCUUCAAGAGGAUUGGUGACCUCCAGGCCGCCAUCGAGGACGAGAUGGAGAGUGACGACAACGAGGACCUCAUCAACAGGUAUAGCUGUCUAUUUAGUUGCCGAACAUAUACAUUCACUUAAUAGAAAGAAUUGAUUAAUUUACCUCUUGUCCUCUCAUGACAGCAAGUAUAGGCUAGUCAGCACACACUCAGCAUAGAGAGCAGCUACUGUUACACAGUUAAACUGUAGAUUGGAAGAUGGAUGUUCCAUUGAAAGAGGCCUUGGAUAAAGCAAUCAGACAGAACUCUCCCCCGACGCCGUCAUUUCUUAUUCACACACUGAAAGAUUUAUGCCCUGAAAAAUGCUGGGCUUAAUUUUCUGGCAUUUUUUGGGGGGAAAUAUUACUCUGUUUCCUGUAUUCGAUGAGAUAGGCGGCUAGCUAAAGCUACAUCAAUGAAAUUGAGUUCUGUCUCCUCCCGUUCCUUAUUUAUGUACUCGCUCCUGCCGAGCCUUGUUUGUUUAUUUGUUUGUUUAUGAGUGCAGUCCCGGGGAGAAGGCCUUUCAGCAGUAAAUAGCUCUGUAAAACAGGUUUGAGUAUACUGUGUACUCUUUCUUCUCCACACAGUAACAGGAUGUGGAUCAGGAUGAUAAUAAUAAAUAAUAAUAUGCCAUUUAGCAGACGCUUUUAUCCAAAGCGACUUACAGUCAUAUGUGGCGUGCAAUAUGCAGUGGUUGAAUCUCUCCCUCUGGGAGGAAAUAUCUUUAAUAGAACAACAGGGUCAUCAUCAUAGAAUUAGGAAUUAGAAUAAUAGUAAUUGAAUAGGAUCUCUAUGGUCGUCAUCAUCACCACCAUAACAUCAGCCGUGAUAUCCACAAUGAUUUAGGAUGUAGAUCCUUCAAGCAUUAGCCUAAUCAUCACGUUCUUUUGGUUUACUGGACUACUUACCUACUUCCGGUCUCACUUUUCUUUUGUUUGUUUUGUGUUUGUAUUCUUUGUUUCUUUGUGUCUCUGUCUGUCAUCCUUCAUCAUGACCAGUUUACAAGACAUGGUGACAAAGUAUCAGAAAAGAAGGAACAAAACGUGAGGAACUGGAGCUCGUGUUUGACAUUAUUUUAAGCACGGUUUUGGAAUAGCCUGUUGCCCUUCAUUGGAAAAGAUGCAAUAUCAAGCAGCAGAUCUAUUGUCAAUGUUCAAGCCAUCUCAUAUAAGUUCAAGUUUAUGACUUAUGGCAUAGUUCAUAUGUCACUGCAUAUGGACUUAACUAUGGGAUACCAUUCAACGAACAAGCUCAGUGAUACUGCAUCAUUAUUCCAGGGCUCAUCUAUUCCCCCAUAACCCAAUUUGCUCUACACUUCACUGCAUGAUGCCACAUGUUGAACUGCAUGAAUGCCAUUGACAACAUGCUUUUCUAAACCAAGCAUGAAACAACCCCUUCCCCAGAGUGUACGUGUGGUUAUUCAUCCAGUAACCCCUUCAACUGAGGGUAACAGAUGUAACAUAUAAUAUCUAACUGGUGUAGUAAGCAUCCAUCGCUGGGUAAGUGUCUUGCCCCACUGGUCAGUCAUUGUGGUGUCCCACAGGGCUCGGUUCUUGGACCUCUGGGGGUCUGUUGGACACCACUGUGCCUUGUUUGAACAGUGUUCUGUGCCCAGUGGCCACCCCCCUGCUCUCAUGGCCUACUGAAUAUUUCAGAGCCUUGCUCUGGGGUGGAUGUGAGAUGUGACUGUCUGCCUCCGACGACGGAAAGACGAGGGGUGUGUUCCUCAUCAAUCUUUUACACUCACUAUAUAAUGCAGAAACCUCAAAUGUCUUACAAAAAGCUCUCUGCUAGUCUGGAAAGUGGCUCACACACAGUGUUAACCUCUGGCUCUGGGCCAUUCCAGUCCCAUGUCAAUGUUCACUCACAGCAGUCACUGCCGUUUCAGCUGUUAAACCCUUGUUAAGCAGUAUUGUAAAGUGCUGCUUUUUGUUAAAGCAGAAAGGGUUCUGAAUGUUAAAGGUAGACUCAGCGAUAUGACGUAGAUGCAGAAAGUAAACAGCAUAGUGGGUCAUUUUCCAAACCAAUUAAGAGUGUUGAAGCAUGAGGAUAAACUUCUCUGCUGUUUUGGUCCCGUAGAUGCCACACUGUGAACAGAAUGAAACGAACCCGUGCACAUGCGCAGAUACUGUAUGUGACUGUCUGAGAGCGAAGUCUUGCAUCUCACUCAUCUCAUUAUCUGUGGUGCUGCUCGUGGCAACGUCAUUUCGCUGAGUCUACCUUUAAUGAUGGGCUUGUACAACACUGGUACAUUACAGUAGAGAAUACGGUGUUGGGAAAUUCAUGUUUUUUACAUAGUAAUUGGAUGGGAGACCCCAGCUGUUCUUUCCAGGGUUUUUGUUAUUGAAUCAUAAUAACCAUGUUCUUUAUGUUUUUCAGUACUAGGCAGUAAUAGUAAUAAUAGCUACUGAUUUGAUAACAAUGUUUUGUUGAAUGGGCAUGUACACAAUACAUACGAAUAAUUGGAGACUAUUGAUUGACACAGGAUUUAGUUAUUUCAACGUGCUAUGUUUUAAUUUCUGUUUGCAAAUUGAUUGGAAAUGUAAUCCAUGUCUGUCGUUGUUCGAUCACAAAAAAGGUGCCAAGUGAUUUUAUACUAAAUGAACAACGUCAGGAUGAAAGAAAGUCAGAGAGGUUUCUUUGCGUCACAAUCUCCCCUUUUAAUCUGGUAUUGGAGAUCACAGCAAUGCUCCCAGUAUAUGUGUCUUAAUAGGUUUUGAACAGAUGCGUAUGCCUGGCUGGCUGUGUUGAAGCCCCAUAGGGAGCUGCUGUCUAGGCUGAGUUGCCUAAUAAAAGUCCCAAUAUUCUGGGAAUCAACACAGACGCUUGUAAGACCCAGGGACACCAAGGAGGAGCAGUGCAGAGGGAGCAGAAGAGGAUCCAUAGGAGCUAAUGAUGAAUGUAAUAGUGUGUAACAGAGAUGUACAACCACUGGAGGCAGAUUGUCACAGACAAUUAAUGUCUCCCUCCACACUCUGUGUUUGUUUGCUUCCCCUGGGCUCUCGGCACGGCUUAAUUAAUGGUAUGGCGGUCAAGGAUAUAAAUCGUGUGUGACACCAUGUGUGAAGCGCUCGAUUACAAAGGGCCCAUCGUCCCGUCGGUUUUGUUUUGGCCCCGGCCCGGGGAGGGAAGGCCUCUGUGAUCUGAAUACAUCACCUCCAUUUACCCAGUGGCUCCUCCUUGGACAAAAUGCACAUGUGGAAAGAGAUGCACAUCCUUCAAGUAGAGGACAGGUCUCCCUCACCCCCCCAAAAUAUUUAAAUCUCAACAGGAUUGUACCUGUAUAAAUGAAAAAAAAAUUAGUGCUUAAGGAAAUUCUCUCCAUGAAGUAAUGGAUUUUUGACUAUUUUGUACAGAGGGUUUCGGCAUUGAUUUUGCAAAAUGACAGCUAGUGUAAUUUUGCCCUGGGGAACGCAAGCGAUGUCAUCAGGGUCAAGAGAAUAAAAUACCAAAAAAGAUUCUUCAAAAACAAUAUAGCUUUUCCUUUUUUUCUUUCUUCAAAGCAACAUCAGUGCUCUUAGUAUUCCUGGAGCGGCGAUAGUUCUUUAAAGCAGUAUGUUGCCAGAUAAGUGAACGGAUAAAAAACAAAUCUUAAGAGGCUGGGGAGGUGUUGACUCGCAAAGCCCAACAAACACACAAAUCCAAGCGUUUUUGUUUUUUCUCUGAGGAGAGGAGAUGAGCAAACAGCCUUGGAAUUGUCUGCUCCGGUUAGCUAACGUUAGCUCCUUUUUCCCAGGGCUCCUUCACUCUUUGUUUACACCCUUAUUGACAAGGCCUCUGUGCCAAAGCCAGCCAGCCGCUCACUCUGUCACAAUAACAAUUCUCACUGACGUUCCCCACAUUGUCUAAUAGGCCAGGCAUGGCCUGCAAAGUUAAUUACAGCCUCCCUCCUAGAGAAAUGCUUUUAUCUCGACUCCCAACCUUUCCUUUCUCUUUCCCUUCUAAACACUGCCAUCUUAGUGCCUAGUAUUUGAUGUUAUUGUACAGUUUAAAACAGAGUGGGCUAGUUAUGACCGAACCCAUAAUUAAAUAUGAGAUCCUUCUGCGAUAAGGGGAGGCUUUUGUAUCUCUGCCUCUUAACGAUUUUAAUUGUAGCUACUGAAUGUGGUGGUGGGCCAGAUUAAGUGCAGAAAAAGAAAACGCUAUUUGCUCUCUCUACUCCACAGCAAGACAAGGUUUUUAAAAGCAGUAGUGGAGAUUGACCCCCCCCCCCCCCCCCAAUCGAUGUCUCUGUUUUAUUAUUAAGCUGUAACAGCUUAAUUUCGCAGCACCACAUGAGCAUUGGGCUCUGCGGCACUUAAUGAGUGUCAUGCUCUUUUCAACCGUGUCAAAUUUCGAACAACCCUCCAUUUCUCCUCACGCUUCGCAGUAGGCUGUCGACGCAGUAAUGAUAAUUUAGAGAGAAAACAGCUCAGCAACCAAGCUGUGCACCAAAUCAUUUUGUCAAGAGCUCAACUGCAAUUUUGGGGGACUGUGGAGGGAAUAGAUAAGUGAGAGAGAGGAAAGUGAAAAUCCCUUCAUUUUGUGCCUUACUCUCUUCACUUUCCACUUCAUCCCAUUCCUGGUCUCUCUCCUUAUGCGCCGCCUUAACUGGAGUGGCUUUGGAUCAGAGUGAAUGGAAUUGAGCCCUCUUUGUGCCCCAUUGCCAGCUAACCACAGGGCCACAGUGAUAACACUCCUAACAGUGACAACAAGUGUGACCGUGUCUGUGUGUGUUUCCUAGGGCUCCUGUGAUCUAGUGCAUGUGGUUUUCUUCUGUCUUCUCUCCCAAAAUAAAAUAUGUGAUCCUCCUCAGUUGCCUCACUAACACUUCCAAUACAGAAUCCUUCUCUCCCCCUCUUUCUCUCCCUGUCUUUUUCUCUCUUUCCCUUCAUCAUUCUCUCCUCAACUUCACUCCAUCCCUCUCUCACCCCUCCCUCAAUCUCCUCUCUCACCCCUCCCUCAAUCUCCUCUCUCACCCCUCCCUCAAUCUCCUCUCACCCCUCCUCAAUCUCCUCUCUUACUCCUCCCUCAAUCUCCUCUCUCGCCCCUCCCCCAAUCUCCUCUCACCCCUCCUCAAUCUCCUCUCUCGCCCCUCCCUCAAUCUCCUCUCUUACUCCUCCCUCAAUCUCCUCUCUCGCCCCUCCCUCAAUCUCCUCUCUUACUCCUCCCCCAAUCUCCUCUCUCACCCCUCCCCCAAUCUCCUCUCACCCCUCCUCAAUCUCCUCUCUUGCUUCCUCUUUAUACCUUUUCUCCAUCACUCUCUUUCAGCUCUUCCCCACCUCUCUUUUUCUCUACUCUCUCCUCCCACUGACGUUGUGUUUUGUCCUUCCCUGCCACACAGUGAGGGAGACUCAUCUGACUCGGAGGUGGAAGACCGUGUGGACGGGGUCAAGUCCUGGCUGUCCAAAAACAAAGGCUCGACCAAGAACCUUUCAGAUGACGGCAGCCUCAAGAGCUCCAGGUCAGUAUGGCACCCCCUUCCUCCAUCCCCCUGGAUCCCCCUAUCUUCACCACUGGGUCCUAUCUUCACAACUGCCAAACACACACACACAUUCCCCCUGCUUACAAAGCAGCCCAAACUGGUUUUAGUAUCCAGUCACCCCCUAUCAGGAUUUUACGUGGUACAUCCAGCAUAGCACUUGGAAGGGAACACUUGGCUAGACAUAGGGGGGUGUUAUUAUUAUUACUGGUGUUUCCUCCAGCCUCUUUGUCUUUUAUUGUCACUGCCUUGAUGACAGCCGCCUCCCUGGCAGAGUUAUCGACAUGCCCGGUGGCCAGCUGGUAUGCAUACCUACCCCCCCUCCUCUCUCCCAUUCUCCCCUCUUCCUAAGGUUAAUGGAUGUAUCUGCCAGCUGACAGCUUCGAUUGCCCUAGAUUUGUCUCCUUACCAGAAGAUUGAACUGUCCCACACCCCCACUUCAGACGCUCACAACUUUGAACAACUUUUAAGAGUUUUUAAAUCUCUCUUGACUGUGUGUCCCCACGGACUCCCUCCCUUCCUUCAGGAGAGCUCAGUUCCUUGAUCUCAGUUCUGUGUUUUGGUUAAGAUGUGCACACACACACACAACACAACACACACACACACACGGGAAGUGUGUGUUCAGCUCUCUUGCUGAAUCACUCAACAUAUUUAACCACAAUGAGAUGCUUGACUAGAAUUCUGUGUAACAUUUACACACAUCAAAUUCAAAUGAAUAUCCGAUAAUAACCUAGUUCAAUACAGAGAUUUUGAUUUUGCAUAAAGAAAUUGGUUAGGACAAGACAGCACAGGUGUUUUCUCCAGUCAGUACAUGUCUUGUCUGUGUUUUGUCUUAUUUGUUUUUUUUCUGUGCUGAAGUUGUGAAUCCAAAAAGGCAUUCUCUACCCCACAUUCAUUUCAAUAAUUGUUCUAUCUACUUUACUUUCUUCCUACUGAAUUAAAUCUGUUGCUCAUCUUAUUCCUGUUUUAAGUAUCAUUAAUCUCUCUCCUUUUAAGUUUGUAAUUCCAUCUAUCAUUCUUUCUCUCUUUCUCUUCCUCCUCUUCCACUAUAUCCAUCUACAUGAACGGUUCUCUGUCCUCUCUAGAUUUGCCGUAAACAUAGACGCAAAGGAAGAGAAAGAGUGGAAAGAGGGUAAGGAAUGGAAAGAGUUGAACAAAGAGGGCAAAGAGAAAGAGGUAGAUCAGAGCAGGCCGGUGUCUGUGAUGAGUUCCCUGAGCUACAGGAAGCGCUCCAACAUCAAUGACUCCAUCGGAGGUAAAGGGGAUGACAGCUCCCUCUUCAGUUCCCUCAAGAAGGACCAGGACUCCCAGGAGUCUAUCACCUCUUUUCGUAAGGCCAAGCCCAAAGGCUCCUUAGCCCAGGAUGACUCCUACUCAGUCAGCUCCAGCUCCUGGAGGAAGUCCCAGACUGGGGACGAUGAUGACCGUGGCUCGGUUAUCUCCCAGGCCUACACUGAAGCCACCAGCAGGGCUAGGAAGGGCAUGGACAGCCGCUGGGGAGACUUCGACAAAGAGUCCACCGUGUCCUCCAUGGCCCCCAGCAGGGCCUCUGUCGCCACCACGCGCCGUGGCCUGAGACCAGGCGACGACACCAAGUCGACCAUCAGACUGGGUAUGUCCAGUCCCCUGAGCCGCCGCCGCAGCACCUCCGCACACCGAAUGGACGAGUCAUAUGGAAAAAGCGGUUGCAGCCCCAGCAGCCCCUCUCUCAGUCGCCAUUCUGGGGGCAGGAGCCCUGGCAGCAUGAGCCGUGCUGACUCACGCAUAUCUGACUUCCGCAGCUGCCGCCUCAGUGAGUUUGAUGACAUGGAGGACGGGCACAGCGUGGCCUUCACCGAGCGCUCCUCGGCCUACAGCCCCCACUCCUCCACAGGACGCAGCCUGUCCAUGCCACCGCCACGUGCUCGCUCCUCCUUCAGAGAUGAUGACGAGAUCCCUGACACCUCGGACGUCAAGCCGGCCACCGUCAGCCACCGCAACUACCUGGACCCCGACCUGGAGAAGGCCAUCAAUGAGGUGCUCAACUUCAAACCCAUCAAGUUCAAACGCACCAGCCUGGAAGACUCGGAGGCCGAGGCAGGGAAGAAAGAGGAGGACACAGAGGAUGACAGGAAGAGUGUGCUUAGCGUCAGGGGGAGAGGCGACCGGGAGGUGGACAGCGGGCGCAGCACCAACAGUCUGAGACGCUCAGCUUCGGCCGUGGACUGUAGGAGGUCCUCCAGCAGCAUGAGCAGCCGCAGUCGCAGCCACAGCCGCAGCGCAAAGAAGAGCAAAGGCAAGAAGAAGAAGAGGAGCCACGGCUCCGAGUCAGACAGCGCCGAUGAUGACCGCCGCAGCAAGAAGGGCAGCACCAAGAAGAAGGGCAAGAAGUCCAAGAAGAAGUCCAAGAAGAAGUCCAAAAAGGAGACUACUUCUUCUUCUUCCUCAUCCUCGGAUUCAUCAUCUGACUCAGAGUCUGGCUCCAGCUCUGGUGCCUCCACAAUCUCCUACAAAAGCACCAACAGUGUAAAGAGAGCCCCUGGCCGCCAGGCCUCUAGUCCAGAGGGGGAGAGGGAGGCUGGGACACCUGCUGAGGGGCAGCCCCCUCCUAACAAGAAGGAGGAGAAGAGUAGGAAGAAGAAAGUGGACAACCUGAUGAUGAAGUAUCUGUACAGACCAGACAGUGACUGA